AUGGUCAUCGCCGCUGUCGUUACAGAAACUGAAGAAGCGGGCGCCCCUGGGCUGCACCUGCUGCCGCCCAAGGAGAUAUUUGAGCUGCCUCAUGCCGAGACUACCACAGGUCGCAUCCAGCCCAUUGCGCACGCCGCCGACAGCAAGGUCGACUUUGGCGCACUGGUCUACGGGAUUGACCUCAACAAGUUUACCGAUGCCGACUUUGACUUCAUCUCGGACGCACUGCACAAGCACAAGCUGCUCGUCUUCAAGGAGCAGCCGGGCAUGCUGCGCCCGCAGCAGCAGUACCGCCUGACGGCGAGCUUCGACCCGGACGAGACGACGGGCGGCUUUGCGCACGGCAAAGAUCCGUUCUUGCUGCACCACAACGGCGUCGACAUCUACGGCAUCCCCAAGCGGCCCGCCAUCCCCGAGCAGCCGCAGGUGCACAUCCUGGGCCGCGGCCCCUUGGGCCCCGACCACUACGGCUUCCCGGCUGGCUUCGAGAUCCAAGGCAUCGACCACCACGAGUUCCACCUGCCGCCGCACAUCAGCGACGAGGACCGCGAGGCCGGCGCGUCGCGCUUCUACCAGUGGCAUUUUGACGGCUCCCUCUACAACAUCCCGCCGCCACGCGUCGGCUGCCUGCUGGCCGUCCAGACGCCCAAGGGCCCUGACGUCACCGUGCGGUGGGACGACGGCUCGGGCACGGAGAUGCGCAUGCCGCCCGGCGCCACGGCCAUGGUCGCCGGCAGCCGUGCGCUCGCGCUGCUCGACGAGGCGACGCGCCAGACGGCGCUGCACAGCCGCAUCGAGUACGCGCCGCAUGCGUUUGCGUGGAUGGCGCCCGCCCGCAGCACGCGGCUCGGCCACUUGAUCGAGACGGAGGGCCGCGAGGUGCCGCUCACCGCGCUGCCGCCCUGGUCCCCGGACAAGGUGUGCAUCUACCCGAUGGUGUGGACGAACCCCAAGACGGGCGAGUUGUCGCUGCAGGUGCACGGCCAGGCUGCGCUCCGGCUAUACCUCAAGAGCCGCGCCGACGGGCCCGAGACGAUUGUCAGCGACCUCGCAGAGGUGCGUGCGUUUAUGCACAAGCUGAUGCGGCCCGUGCUGGAGCCGGAGAACAUUUACGCGCACGACCACCAGGAGUCGGACGUCAUCCUGUGGUACAACCGCGCACUGUGGCACAGCAUUACCGAAUUUCCCAAGUCGUACGGCCCUCGCGUCAUGCACCAGUGCAAUAUAGCUGCAAGCGACCACCCGCAGUAG